CCAAGUCCCAAACUCAUCAACAGUAACCUUUAUUUUUACCUCUUCUUAAAAAAUAAUCAUAUUAAUUUACAUGACGGGAAGAGGUUGACCUAGAACCACAUAGAGAAAAGUUUACAAAGAUUUACUGUUUCUGGACAUUGGUGAAGAUGUGGCUAUAAACAGAACAGGAUGAAAACAAAUGAUUCAUAUAACUGACUUCAACUAGUUGAGGAUCAAGCUUAGUACUGUUAUUGUUGCUAUAUAAAUUAUUGUGAUUGCAAUUGAAGAAGAACUAAUGAUUGUCUAGCUUCUCUAAGUUCUUGUGAAAAUAAAAGUUCUUCAUUUUUUUCGUCUGCACAAAUUUUUUCUCCUUAUUUGCUUCUUGAUUGACUUAUAUUUGUUUUACUUGCAAUGUAAAUUAUUGUGCUUAAAAAGGAAAAAAAAAGAAUAAAAAUAUGGAUUGCUUCUUAUUUGACCAUUAGCUAACAUGACGGAAAAUGGAAAUGUACUAAUCAGCUUUACUUGGAUAAUUUUAUCUCGCUUUACAUCAACAAAAUUACAGGUGAUGCCACUGUCGAUGAAUAUGACACUGGUUUUCCAUUGAUUGUUUAUUAUCUACCCUCAAUAAUGUCAUCUCCUACUGUAUCUCAUCAUCAAAUUCCAUUACAUAAGCAUCCAGAGAUAUUUAACUGCCUGUUUUUACGAACUUGUCAUGGAUAAUACUUCUCAGAAUAUCUGAAAUGAGUGGCAGGAGGCCUCUUAGGACCUAUAUUUGGUGGUAUAGAAGAGUAAGAUCUAGCUAUUGUGUGUGUUGAGCUGUUGUUGGCGGAGAAUGAGGCUGAGAAAAUGAAGUACUGUUCAGACAAUCCAAGGUGUCCUAGCUUGCUGUAUCGCUUGUUACUGAGUAUCAGUUGAUGCUAAUGAUGCUACAAAUCCUGUUUCGGUUUGUGGAGGCUCAGUCUGUCACUUCUAUGCAGAGAUGGAGCGCUCCCAGUAACGAGUUUAUAAAGAACAAUACUGACGCAGCUGUGCGAGUGGGUGUGAACUGUGGUUUUGGUUUUGUAGCUCGCAAUUGUAAUGGAGAGAUUAUGGCAGCAGGUAUUCGCCGAGUAAGCAGGGAUUUCUCCAGUGAGAAUGCUGAGGCAGAAGCUAUGUUGUUUGCUGUUCAACGAGCUGCGGAGAUAGGUUUUUCGAAAAUCAUCGUUGAAUCUGAUUGCCAUGUGCUUGUGAACAAUGUGUGCGAAAAGAAUGCCCCUGUGACUGAGUUUGGUAGGAGAAUUCUACAAAUUCUCACUUUGGUCCAACGUUUUGUUUCUUUUCAAUGUCGUUUUGUCCGUGGUACAUGUAAUAAACUGGCCCAUGAGCUAGCUGAAUAUGCUCUCUCUUCUGUUAGUGAGGAGCAAAUCUGGAUUGAGGACAUUCCUCAACAGUUGAUGUCUAUUGUUACGGCUGAGAUAGCCUUGACCAUUCCUUAAUGAAUUUCGUCAAAAAAAAAAAAAAAUGUAAU